UUAUAAUGUAUAAUAGCGAGUUAGCAGCUCUGCCGCGUUGCAUAUAAGUUUUAGGGGCCCAUCGAGAAAAACGGGAAAAAUGUUUGCACUCACCAACACAAUUACCCGCUCGGCGGCGUUGCGUCAGGGCCUUCUGGCCGCUGCCAAUCGCCAAGUAUCUCUAAAAGUUGUUCCCGUUGAGUCCACGGUCAAGGAUGAGAGCUACUUCGAGAAAAACGAACGCCUGGGACGCAAAGUGUCGCCCCAUUUGACCAUCUAUCAGCCACAGUUGACAUCAAUUCUAUCGAUUACCCAUCGCGGUACAGGCAUGGCUUUGGGCGUUGGUGUUUGGGCCUUAGGCCUGGGUGCUUUGAUAUCUUCCCACGAUAUUAGCCACUAUGUAACCAUUGUGGAGGGACUGCAAUUGAGUGACGCCCAGUUGACGGCCAUCAAGUUCAUCAUUGCCUAUCCGGCAGGCUUUCACACAGCCAACGGCAUUCGCCAUUUGCUCUGGGAUACUGGCCGUUUCCUCAAAAUUAAGGAGGUCUAUUCAACCGGUUAUGCAAUGCUCGCUGCCUCUUUUGUGCUCAGUGGCAUCUUGGCUCUGCUUUAAACCUACAUACUACUGGCUGUCAGUAAAUUUAAUUAAAUUCUAGUGCGAAAUGUGAACCUUUUGUGAAAAAUGUUUAAUACAAAGGCAAAAUAUAUUUAUUAUUGCUA